AAGUGGAGCCGCGCAGGCGGCUGGCUGGCUGGGCGCCUGGGCCUCGCCCGCGGCGGAACCGGGCCGGGGCGCCCCUGCUGUUAUUACCAUCGGCCGCGGCACGGCAAAGGCGGCGCGCGGCCAGCGCAAGCGCAACGCGACGCAGGCAGGCAGGCAGAUCCCUCUCGCUCGGUAGCUUCCAACGCUCGCGAGCUGCGGAGGAGUUUCCCCGCCCAUUCCCGGCGGCCGAAGCGAAGCGGGGCCUUUUCCUGAUCUCCAUUCGGGCUCGCUCCAGCGCGCGGGCGAUGAGGGCGGACCGCGCGAUGGGGGAGCGGGGCGGCGACCCGCGGCGGAUCGACCUGGGCGCGCCGCUCCGCUCGGCGCGCCGGGGGGACGCGCCGCCGCGGUACAAGCCCGACCUCAACUCCGGGCCCCUGCGGCACCCGGGCGCCGUGCCCUUCGUCUGGGAGCAGCGCCCGGGGCAGCCCAAGAGCGUCCGCACCCGCCGCGCGGCGCCGCCGACCCCACCCCGGGAGGACGUAGGCUGCGGCGGCGCCGGCGGCGGCAGCAGCCCCUACCACGACGCCCUGGCGGACCUCGAUCUCCAGGCGCUCCACGGCGCCGCCGACCGCGGCUCCUGGGCUGCCCCGGUGUCGCGCGAGGUGGCGGCGGUCGAGGCGACGAAGGAGGCGAGGAAGCAGGAGGCGGUCUCGGUGGCUGCGGUGCUGCGGAAGCCGCACGGCGACGGCGAGGAGGAAGACGAGGAGAGGUUCUCCGACGCGCUCGACACGCUCUCCCGCGCCGAGUCCUUCGCCAUGAACUGCAGCGUCAGCGGCCUCAGCGGCGCGCCGGACCCCGGACCGGGCGCCGGGCCAGAAGCGCGGGGCCUCAUGAUGGACCGCUUCCUCCCGGCCGCGCAGGCCGUCGCUGUGGGCUCCCCUCAGUACACCUUCCGGAAGGCCGGUGGCACGGGCAGCUCCGGCCGCGACCACGCCCACGCGCGUGCGGCCGCGGCCAAGGCAAGCGCGGGCAGUGGCGACGAUCGGUUGAGGAGAGCGCCUGUCCAGCUGCCGUACCAGCACCUGCCGCCCAAUUACCUGUCCUGCGCCUAUCCCAGACGCGAGGAGCAUCAAGAGGAGGAUGAAGAGGAUGACGAUGACUAUGACGUGCAUAGUACCCGGGGGUUUUCGGCCAAGGGAUGUGGGCUGCUCCCUGGAUUGUGUGUGAAAACUUCCUUGCUGCUCCUGAAUCCAAUGCCGGCGAUGAAGCGCGGCAAGGCCCAAGGGCGAGGAAGGCAGUUUCCAUCCAAAGGAAGGGGCCAGAUGCCACAGAGUCCGCUUGCCCGGAGCUCGCAGAACAAGCAUCUAGGAUGCGAUUCCAAUGGGCAAUCCUGGGAGGACGUGUAUAAACAUAAGUUGGAGCAGAAAUAUCUUGGUCAAGGAGAGGAUGGUAGGAGCAAGGUGACAAGUGAGUCGAAUCAUCUGACUUUCUGGAGCGAUUCACAAACUGGGGAUGGAUCUUCACCAUAUCACCGCUCCAUAGCUGGUGGCAUGUCGCCGACGCCGUAUCAGAACUAUGCUGUGAUGUCACCAUCAAGUAAAGCAAAUGGGUCAUCUAGAAUAGGAGAUAGGGAUGAUAAGACAAGUAGGAGCAAUGGUUCUGGUUCGCUUGGGAGAGACCACGACCGAACCUCGUUGGUUGGAUCAGAUCAUAGUAGUUUUAAGGGAUCAAGUUCUAUGAGCUCAGGACCAGAUUUAGCAGGGCGUGAAGAUUCAAUGGACCACCAUGGAGAUACUGAUUCAGAAACAUGCCACUUGGGUGUGCUUGCGGAUACAAGGGCAGCUUCGAAUGCAAACAUGUGUGAUUCUCAGCUUGGUGAGCAACAAAUUGUUGGAAAGAAGUCUAUCGUGAAAGAUCAAGUCAAUGAUCCGUUGACUGAAAAGAUCUCUGAAGUUAGAGAACCCACAUUCCCACCGCAUGAUGGAAAAGAUUUGUCGCGUGAUGCUAAUCAGGAGGUUCCAUCACAUUUAGAAGACAAUAAUGUUGCUAGGAAGGAAAUCAUACCAUUGCAAUCUCUGCUCCCUUUACCUGUCCCGAAAUCACCUUCAGAAUCAUGGCUUUGUCGCACUUUGCCAUCCGUGACGAAUAAGCCACCUCCACCAUCUUUUCUUGGAAUUCAAGUACACUCGAAGAAACAAGCUCCCUGGGCCACAGUGCACCCAAAGGAGAAUGAUCAUAAACCUUCCAGGCCACGGCAAAUAAGAUUUGCAGAUGUGGUAGAAAAGCCAAUUUCAAUGGAUUCCGAGAUAUGAUGUCUUCACGUAAGACCAGUAUUUAUCCAUUGAUGCAUUGAGGGGCCAUCAGGGUCAUAUACCUCACCAGCACUCAAACGGCUCCCAAGAUGCGCCUCCUCUUUUUGCUGAUACAGUCACUUGAAGCAGCUGCUGGCUACCAUGUUGUUGGCAAUUAGAAUUCGCAUGCCAUGUCUGGUAGACUGUGCUCUGUAUGUUUCUCUGCAAGUCUGGUGGUGGUUUCGGUUUGAUGUAAAUCUUAUAUUUAUACAAGAUGACUUCUGCUUGCUUCUUUACUGUCCAUAGUGAAAUAUGUAAUAGUACUCAAACCAAUGAAAAGGUUGAGUUGUUCACAAAAUGUAAUUGCAUCAGAUGCACCAUAGAAUAAAAUGUCAAAACAGGUCAGCCUUCCAUUCCUGAAACA